GCCGAGCACCGGGACACCCUGCUGCGGGCGCGCUCUCGGGGCACUCGGAAGGAGGUGGCCGAGCGCUGGGCACAGUCGGCUUGUGGACCAGGCGGGCACGAGACGAUGCUGCGGGUGCGGUGUCUGCGCGGCGGGAGCCGCGGCGCCGAAGCGGUGCACUACAUCGGGUCUCGGCUUGGAAGAACUGUAACGGGAUGGGUGCAGCGAACUUUCCAGAGCACCCAGGCAGCUACGGCUUCCUCCCGGAAUUCCUGUGCAGCUGACGACAAGGCCACUGAUCCUCUGCCCAAGGACUGCCCUGUCUCCUCUUACAACGAAUGGGACCCCUUAGAGGAAGUGAUAGUGGGCAGAGCAGAAAAUGCCUGUGUUCCACCAUUCACUGUGGAGGUGAAGGCCAACACAUAUGAAAAGUACUGGACUUUUUACCAAAAGUAUGGGGGCCAUCAUUUUCCCAAAGAUCAUUUGAAAAAGGCUGUUGCCGAAAUUGAAGAAAUGUGCAAUAUUUUAAAAAUGGAAGGAGUGACAGUGAGGAGGCCUGACACCAUUGACUGGUCCUUGAAGUAUAAAACUCCUGAUUUUGAGUCUACGGGUUUAUAUGGUGCGAUGCCUCGAGACAUCCUGAUAGUUGUGGGAAAUGAGAUUAUCGAGGCUCCCAUGGCCUGGCGCGCUCGCUUCUUUGAGUACCGCGCGUACAGAGCAAUUAUCAAAGACUACUUCCGCCGCGGGGCCAAGUGGACAACAGCUCCUAAGCCCACAAUGGCUGAUGAGCUUUAUGACCAGGAUUACCCCAUCCAUUCUGUAGAAGACAGACACAAAUUGGCUGCUCAGGGAAAAUUUGUGACGACUGAGUUCGAGCCAUGCUUUGAUGCUGCUGACUUCAUUCGAGCUGGAAGAGACAUCUUUGCACAGAGAAGCCAGGUGACAAACUACAUGGGCAUUGAAUGGAUGCGUAAGCAUCUCGCUCCAGACUACAGAGUGCAUAUCAUCUCCUUUAAAGACCCCAAUCCGAUGCACAUUGAUGCCACCUUCAAUAUCAUUGGGCCCGGUCUUGUGCUUUCCAAUCCUGACCGACCAUGUCACCAGAUUGAUCUUUUCAAGAAAGCAGGAUGGACCAUAGUUACUCCUCCAAUACCAGUCAUCCCAGAUGAUCACCCACUCUGGAUGUCGUCCAAAUGGCUUUCCAUGAAUGUCUUAAUGCUAGAUGAAAAGCGUGUUAUGGUGGAUGCCAACGAAGUCCCGAUUCAAAAGAUGUUUGAAAAGCUGGAAGUACCAAGUUGUUAUUUCAUAGAUGGACAAUAUACUUCUUUUCAACAAUCACAACCUCAAAAGGUAUCAGUACCAUUAAGGUUAACAUUCGUAAUGCCAAUUCCCUGGGAGGAGGCUUCCACUGCUGGACCUGCGAUGUCCGGCGCCGAGGCACCCUACAGUCCUACUUUGAUUGACCAGGCCUGCUGGGGCUUGGGGCUUGGCCUCAAAUAAAACUAGGAAGCUUAGGGAUAAGGUUCAUUCUCCUGCUUUAAAAAGUGCAUGAACUGUAGUACUUUAUACAAUCAUAUCCAUAACAGGGGUCUUAAGCCUGGUUUAUUUUUAUUAUUUUUCUUUGAUAAAAGGAAAAUAACCUGUGCUAGAUCUUACUCUCUUCUCCUAAAUAUUUUACUGUUUGGCUUCAAGCAUAAAAAUUUGGUGAAUGUCUACCAAAACAAAAAUUAGUCAUUUGAGUAACUUGGCUACUAAUAUAUUUAACCAUCUACCUCUGUUUUUAAUUUUCUUUCCAAAAGGCAGCUUGAAAUGUUAGUCCUAAUAGUCACUUUUUUUUUCCUUUUUGCUAAACUUGUGAAUGUUUGUAUCACUUCUUUUUUCUAAAUAAAAGACUCAGAAUGUAUACAGAUCUUCUAGAACCAGUAAUUGUCUCUUUUUCUAAUAAGGAAUUUUGGUAAUUUUUAAUUUUUUGUUUUUAAAAAUAACCUAGACUAUUGCAAACAUUUAAGUGAAUUUUUCCAUGAAUAUUUUUAAUAUUCUCAUCUCAACAUUGGUGAUAUUUGCUAUUAAAAACCUUUUCAUACAACUUACCUCAUUUCAAGUGAUUUAUUUUAAUCUCUUUUUUCUUCUCUGUCCAGAAUUUUAGAGGAAUAUUUAGUGCAAUAGGAUAUAACUAUCAGUUCCAAUUCCUAAAUUUUGAUGUUCAGUAUCUAGUGGAUACAUUGCAUCUUUGGUCAUCUAAGAUUUGUUUACAGAUGUGCAAAUUAUUUAAAGCACAGACUUUAAAAGCAUUAAAAAAAAAAAACGAAU